CUGCCUGCUGUUUGCAAGUGCCAGGGAUCCUGUGUAUGCAGAUUUGCUUGCGAUGUCACGCUUCCUAGUUAGUGUACCCCACCUUGGUGCGGCAAGGACAUAUGUCCUUGAGGGUGGUAACCUCAACGCACUCAAAGAAGCAAUUUGCGCGUGCCCGGUUCUCGGCGGCAAAGUCGACCUGACGUCGAGCUCGUUUCAGAUACUGGACAAGACGUUCGAUGAGCAUGUGGAUAUCUCUCCUGAGGACACUAUCCCCGACUUGUCGAAAAUUUUGGUGCGCCCACAAGUGGACAGGGAGCCGCAGUGUGCGUCAACUUCGACUGAGCACAUUGUGGCGAACAGUAUGGUGGCCAGUGGCAGCGAAGAUCAUGAAAAUCGCCUUGGCGUUUCCUUCGAUUUGCCUUCACGCUCAGAGGAUGAUGGGCACACUUUCAUGCUGCCAAGUCUUGGCAGUCUUCAUGACAGUAUCACAACUGGCAGCCCGAUUUCGUUGGCAGCGUUCCGAAAAAUUGUGGACAUAGUGUUCGCAGAAAUGAAGAUGAUCACACGCUCUCAGGACUCCUGGAAGGUAGCCUUGCGCUACAGAUUCAAGAACCAGCGAAGGGUUCUCCCUAGUGAUGGUCGCGUGGGCGAGAACCGCACGAAGUUUGGGUCACGCAGGAAGGGCAGUGAAGAAACAGCCACAUUUUGUAGUUACUUUGCAAGACUAACUAAGAUUGACCCAUCACCUUGUAUUGCAAAAGGGAUCAACAAUAUUGUGAAAAUGGCAGAAAUGAAGCACAUCCCGUGCGAACCAAGUGUAAUGGCAUCAUUUGAAAAGGCUCGUGAGAUGUCACCGGAAAGGCUGCGAACACGACACAUCCUAACAGUUGCGGCACUUCGGAUACUGUCUUUCAAUGUCAAAGAACAUAAUGGCCUGUCAUCUUUGUUUGUGCAAGAGGAGGACCCGAGCGUUCCUGCAAGCCCUUGCAUCGUAUUUUCUGGAGGAGACGUUGAAGAGACUGACCUUCUCCACAUCAAGGUGGACCGGGAGAAGUUGUUUGCGGUGAAAAAUGGGGAGGAGGGGCUGGCGGCUGUUUUAUCUGCUUACUGGCUCUUCAAUAUCCAGUACGACCGCAAGCUGUUCAACACUCUUGUGUUGGAGCGCCUUUUCUUCGGGCUCACAUUGAGUGCCCUAUAGUAGUGGCUACAAAGUUUUUGAACAAAGUCACCAAAAGUGUGCCAUGUUGAAUGUGCUGAAGCUGCGCAUUGUUGCCUCAUCGUGAGUUUAGCUGUAAUUUUUAGAUGCACGUUUUCUUUUGUCUAACCAUUUCUGCAAUACAUAUGAAGGAAACCAAGAGUCACCGAAAACA